UUCACAUCAUUCGUCACCGAGUUUAUAUACUUUUCUGAGGAAAAUACUUGUGAGAUCGUGUCAAGUAGAUUGAACUACGAUUUUUACGGUACAUUCCACCUGGAAGCAUCAUCUGAACUCCCUUGACACUGCGGUCAGGGUAAUUUGUCCAUAACAUGUUUCCCCAUGCAUUAGAAUCAUGAAAGAGCUUAUAGGAAUUCAGUUCUUGACACUGGCUAUCUCGAUCUCACUUGGAAAGGUAAGAAGUCCAAUGAAGAUCGUCGGAGGUCAGAAUGCUAAACCCGGUGAAUUCCCAUAUCAAGUUUCAAUCCGAAAGUUCAAUCGUCAUUGGUGUGGGGGUAGUAUUUUGGAUGCUACUCACAUUUUGACAGCAGCCCACUGUUUCGUUUCCGAUGAGAAAGUCGUGGACGACCCUUCCGCUCUCCGAGUUGUCACCGGGACGAUCUACUCUGAGGACCUACGACCAGAAAAUAUCUUCGCGGUUUCCAGGGUCAUCGCUAACGACUAUUACACACCCCACGUGCAUAAUAAUGUCGCUUGGUUCGCUGAUAUUGCUGUCAUGAAAUUGAAAGAAUCAAUACCUCUAGACCGUAAUCUUCGCUGGCCCAUCAAUCUACCGAGCAACCCGACACCCCCUCGUACCCGGGUCAUGGUCAGUGGUUGGGGGACAUCGCACUACGGUAAGGAAGGCGCAAAAAGCCCGAAAUGGCUCCAAAAGCUAGGGAUGGAGACCAUCAGUCUUCCUGCGUGCGAGAUCAUUCUCCCCUAUCAAGUCAACGUCGGACAACUUUGUGCUAUAACACCCCCUGGUCAUGGUAUCUGUAACGGAGAUAGUGGUGGCCCUUUGGUUCAUGACAAUCAAGUCGUUGGUAUUGUCUCCUGGCUGACCCGAUGCGGCGAUGGACGACCCCAGGUUUUCACAAGUGUCUACGAUUAUCUCAACUGGAUUCACUGGGCUUUGAAUUUACGAUGAUAAGAAUAUUACCUCCCAAUGUUUUUUCAUCAAACGAAUAAAUUAAUUAUUUAUCAUUACGGUGGUUAUCUGAUCUCUGACAAACAAGGCAAUGUUGGAUGAUAAUUUAUGAUGACUGAUUAUCAUGUGAUCUUCUGUGCAUUGAGCAGAUCCAUUCAAUGGUGAGGAAAAUGACAUUUUAUUUGCACAACUGUAAUGCUCCU